GAGACUUUAGUGCUUAUUUCUAGGUAGCUUUAAGCAUUUUACUCGAUGUUUAUUAUAUUCGAUUGAAGAAAAAGCAAGGCUCUAAUCUAUGUAAAGACGUUAGUGUGUACAUACACAUACAUACCUUGUUACCCUGUUACAUUGCGGCGUAAGACCAAGGCUACAGAACACGAAACCAUGGGCCGUCUCCACCCAAGUACUAAAUAUUGUUAUGAGUGGAGGGAUAUCCGUAAUCAGAGGCGGAGAGGAACGAUAGCCGAGCAGAAAUCCCCAGACGGAGGCGGAUGGAUUCCGAACUCGACAUCCGAGGCUUGGCGGAGAUUCAGAUGGGCGCCUUCACGACUAGCCGGCUAUCUAGGGCUGGCAAAUACCGUAUCCUAUUCCGAUCAAAGCCAGUGUCUGCUCUUGCAAAUGCCGCCUGAGAUACGGCUUGCGAUAUGGGAGUACGCGCUUGGAGACGACGACGCGUGCAUACUGAGGAAGGUAAAUAAGCUUGCCCACGUCGUACUUCCGCGUGACCAGGGGAGGCUCGAUGAGGCGGAUCAGAAUAGGAGACGCGCCUACCAACCGCUCUGGAGGGAGGCCGGGGCUGAGAGACGGUUUCUGGCAGAUGAUGUAACGGCCGAGUUUAACAUGCUGACGUCCCUCCAGAGCUGCAAACGGAUGUAUUGGGAGACGUUAGGUAUAUUAUACAGACGCCACUUCAAGUUCGAGAGGAUGGAAGCAUUUUACCGCUUUCUCGUCCUUUCGCCAACAGCGGGCCUCGAAGCCGUGCGGUCCAUCGAGCUCGACUGGUCCGGGUUUUACUACUGGGCGCGGUUCGAAGAAAAGGAGACCUUAGGGUCUCCUCUGAGCCAUAACGAGAGCUGGAAGGAGAUCUGCGACGCCGUCGUAGGCAUGAUGACGGGCCUAAGACGCCUGACGAUCCGCGUGCUGGCGUUCGAACACCCGCUGCUGGAGGACGAGUGGUAUCGCAUGAUAAAUAAGAUCGUAGCGCCGCUCGAGAUGCUGCCGGACCGGGUGGAUUUUACGGUUCUGAUUCGGGAUGGAGAGCUUGGACGGAAUUUUCAGGAGCGGUUGCAUGAGGAGGGGUUGAAGAGGGUCCGAGUUAAUAGUCUUUCUGCGGCUUGAUUUAAAUACCCAUUUUCGUCUUUCGUAAGGAAACUUUUGGUCGAAUUGAAUAAAUGGAAAAUAAAAAGAAUAAUAAAAGCUGUGAAUAUG